UAAGGUUUAGUUGUACAGUCGUAAGCGGUGUGCCAAAGAACGCACACGCCUCAUCGGUUGGUAUAGUGUUAAGUACCGUUAGUGGACUCGUUCGUGCUGCGAGGUUAAUUUUUUCGGUUAUAAAGGGGACAAUAGGGAUGUCAGCGACUAAAUAUUGUCAUCCGUUUUUGAACGGUCUGAAGUCACUUCCCGAGGGAUAUGAUGACGAGAUACAGCAAAUAAGAGAAUGGAUGAAAAGCCAGCCUCACCUGCCUUACAUAUCAGACGAGUAUGUGAUCCUCUUUCUCCACUCCAACUAUUACAAGGUGAAGGAAACCAAGGACACCAUCGAGUGUUACUUUACUCUCAGGAAUAAUUCCCCCGACCUCUUCACGAACCGGGACCCACUGCUGCCAAAGAAUAAACUCAUAUUGGACAUGACUCAUAUGGUAGCCCUGCCAAAGUUAUCGCCGGAGGGCUAUCACAUCCUGCUGUACCGUCUUGCGGACACCGACUACAGCAAACUCAACUUUGCUGAUGCUGUACGAGUCUUCUGCAUGUUCAAUGACAUCAAGCUGUCAGAGGACAGGCUCUCCGAGGGUUACAUAGUCAUAUUCGACAUGAAGGGCUGCAGUCUUGGUCAUCUGACCAGAGUUACUCUACCCGCUUUGAGAGCCUUCAUGGUUUACAUACAGAACGCACAUCCGUGUCGCCUGAAGAAGAUCCACGUGGUUCACACGGUGUCCUUCAUAAACCAAGUGAUGUGCCUCGUAAAACCUCUCAUACAUUCCAAUCUUCUCAAUCUGCUUAACUUCUCCUCUGAAGGCCCGGCUUCUGCUGUCGACUUGGAAUAUCUGCCGGAAGAUUACGGCGGUCCACAACCACCUGUCAAGCAAUUGCACGAAGAGCAGAGGAAAAACAUGGAAGAAAAUUAUCGCGACUGGUUGAUCGAAUCGGAGAUUUUCAAAGUGGACGAGAAGAAGCGCAUCAAGAAACCUAGCAAAGGAAUGUUCGCCAGUUUCACUAGUAGUUUUAAAAGCCUCGACAUCGACUGAUUUUCAAUAUUUUAACACCCAAUGUACAUACAUACCAACGGUAGAAUAAUUCAUAUAGCGACUUAGGUAUCGUUUUACGGUUUUUAAGAUUUCCACGACCAUUAGACUAUUCAUAUAAAACUAUUGUAGGAACAGGUGAGUAACGAACAAAAAAAACAUUAUAUCGAAAACAUACUUGACUUUAUUUAAAAAUAUAGUUUUAUUUUAAAACUUUUUUAGGACUUAGAGAGUUACAUGGUGAUCUAGCAACAAUCAUCUUAAAAUAUCUUUCACAUUAGCCAUAAAAUUUUAGAGGACUUUUGUAUGACAAUUUUUUAAUUAAUUUGCUUAUACACGUGCUUAGGCUGAUUGAAUCGUGAGCAGGAAAAGUCACUUUUUAGUGGACUACACAUAAAAUAAUAUCAAUAAGUCCCCAACCUAUCAUAUUGCACCUACGAUUGCUCAAAUCAGCAUUAGUGUUUAGUCUUGCAUGUAAAUAUAUUUAAGUUAAAUAUUUUAUACCUAUAAGUAAGAAUUUCUGUUGUAAAUUGUAUUAGAAAUUUACGUUUUCAUCGGAUACCAAGGGUCUUCUUAUAUGGUCAUAUUUUUUUUUUACAUCCAAAUAUAAUAGGAUAAGGUUUUAUAUCGAAUGUAUUUUCUGAACUUUAUAAACAUGUAUUAAAUAUUAUUUUUUUUAUCUGUCA